AUGGCGGAUGCUGUCGUCUUGCUUCUGUUCCUUGUGCUCAGCCACAGCUUGUCCUGUUCUUCUUCUCCUACUACUAGUGUCCCUGUCGUCCGUGCAGCAGUAGACGCGGAACACGACUACACAUUCGUGGCGAUCAGCUCGCUGAAGCCCAAAGCUGCUUGCACCGGACACAGGGUGUCUCCACCUCAUGGUCACCAGAACGCCACGUGGCUACGACUGAGUCUCUCCCAUGGCCCCUGCUCGCCGCCGUCGUCGCACCGCCGCAAGGGGCCGUCAUUGGCCGAGCUGCUACGGCAGGACGAGCUCCGCGUGCAAAACAUCCAGAUGACGCUGCUGUCUGCUGGUGAUGACGACAAUGCCGCCGACGAAGAGAAGGUCAAGAAGCGCCCGGCGAAAAGCACCACAACCGCUAUGGAACACGGGCCCGUAGUCGACGUCAACGUCGGCUCAGCAAGUAGCAUUUCCACGGUACUACGAACGAAACUAUUUUUUUCUUAG